AUUCAGCAUUGUGAAUUCCUUGUCGGCAUCACACCUCAAACAUUUGUUAUGGCAUGAAAUGCAACACUGGACUGGAUUGCAUCGCAGCCAAGAUCCUAUCACGCUUUGUUUGGUGACCGAUUUGAAAGGUACUCAUUCACCAAAUGUGGAGUUCUACAACACCAACCUUGCUUGGGCUUCCUGCUGAGCUUCGAGUGAAGAUCUAUCAGUAUGUGUUACCGGAGCUUGAGGUUACAGAAUGGAUGACAGCGGAUCCCACUGUGUAUGCAGUUGUCGAGGACUGUAUGGGGAGCGAGGAGCACAUGACGUCAAGAUAUCAAAUGUCACCGGCCCUGCCCUUGGGAAUACAGACAGCCUGCAAACAACUGUCACAGGAGAUACAGCCAGUUGUUGACAGUUGUCCGGUCAGGUAUGUACUGGAGCGACCAUGCAGUCGUCACGACUGGCGUGGACCCCCGGUCGUCCUUCGUGAUCGAGUUCGGUCUCUCCAGAUCCCAGGCAAUUAUCGCCGGUUCAGAUCCAGCGCCUGUGGAUUAUUCAACCAAGACAUUUUCCCAAAUCUGUGCCAAGCAGAGAUCGCUUAUGAUCGUUGGCAUGCUUACGAAGUAAACAUUCGUGCUCUUGCGGUGGUGGCAGAAGUGCUUCAGUUUCUCGACUCGGGCUGCAAGGAGCCUAUUAAACAGGCGCUCUCAGCGCUGCAUGGUAUCUUGGAAGACACGGUCCAAAGUGAAACACCACCCUGUGACCUGAUGGCAUACAUUCAGGCGAAGAACCUCGUUUUACAUGCUCCGUUCACCGUAUGGGUGUCACCACCGGCAGGAAGGUCGAUCGAGUAUUAUCUGGUUGCGAUUGGAACUUUUUCUUGGUGCCCUUCUGGAAUCAAGAUUGAAAGCCUUAGAGACAACCGAUCGAAACACCAGCCUCGCGUACUGGAGAGGCUCGGUUUGAAGUUGAGGGCUCAUGACGAGUCGACAGCGGGUUCCAACAAUUGGUUCAUUCUUUGAGCGGGUCCCGUCAUCGGAGGCUGAUUUCCGGCUGUAGGCAAGGUUGGCGGUCAGCUCUCCCGUCUGUCAAGACACAACUUGCACACUGUACUGCAGGAGGCCAUAUUGCAAAAUUUGUAUUCCCUGGUGCAUAUGGCUGUUCGUGACUCAAAGGGCCUAGACGCCUUCAUUUCCUCAUCUUCUGGGAUCACA